AGAGUGGGUCCGGCGCACGGCUGUGGCUACGGGAGCUGUGCAGCUCUACUAUCGAUUGAGGCUGCCUGGAGGGGGCGGUGGCGGUAACACCGUUAUUGCCGUUGGCGCAGCAGUUCUCUCCCACCUGUCGUCGACAUGUGGAGAGUGGUGGCUGUGGCCGCGUUGGCCCCGGUCCGGCAAGCCCUCUGCCGCGCCCCACCGCCACCCCUGCCCCCGAGGCGGUGGGCUGUGAGCGUGGCUGUUUCCCCUGCCGCUGGCCUGGCGGACGAGCGAGUGGAGACACAGGUGGCGGGACUGGGCCCGGGGCAAUCGGUGACCCUGCGGGCUGUGGCGGCCGACGAGCGGGGCUGCCUCUUCGAGUCGUGUGCGCACUACAGGGCGGACGGCCGCGGCCAGCUGCACCUAGGCACGGACGCCUCGCACGGCGGGAGCUACACUGGUGUGGAGCCCAUGGGGCUCUUCUGGAGCCUUGCCCCCGCCGGCAUGGAGAGGCCGUACCAGCGGCUCUUUCCCCGAAACACUGGCAUUCCGAUGAAGGUGGAGAUGUUGGUUCACCAGGGCCACAGCCUGCCCGGCUCCAUCCCGGGUCCGGUGGUGGCCAAGGCUGAGGUGGAGAGGUGGUUCACGGCCCCCGGCGUGCGGAGGAUCCGGCUGAAGGAGGGAGGCGUAAGGGGCUCCCUCUUCCUGCCGCCGGGGAAUGGUCCCUUUCCAGGAGUGAUUGACAUGUACGGUGAUGAAGGAGGUUUGAUAGAAUUUAGAUCCAGUCUUCUGGCUACCCGUGGUUUUGCUGCUCUUUCUCUGCCAUAUUUUGACUUCGAAGAUUUGCCUAAAGUCAUGAAAGAACUCAAACUUGAGUACUUUGAGGAGGCAGCUAGAUUCCUACAGCGUCACCCAAAAGUGAGGGGACCAGGAGUUGGAGUGAUUGGGACUGGCAAAGGGGCAGAAUUAGCACUCUCCAUGAUCACCUUCCUGCCAGAAGUCGUGGCUGCUGUCUCCAUCUCUGCCUGUAGUUCAAACACCAUUGCAGACCUCCAUUAUGGUGAGAUGACUCUGCCUGGGCUUCGUUUUGAUAUGAAUAAGGCGAAAGCUACAACUAUCAAAGAAGCUCUAGCCAAAUGGGAAGAAAAAAAUGGCCAGAAGGCUUCAGAGGCAAAGGAGGUGAAACUGUAUGGUCAGAUUCCUCCUGUAGAGAGGAUGGAUGAAUCUCUCUCCACACUUGUUAACUGCGAGAAACUAUCGCUGUCUACAAACUGCAUUGAAAGAAUCGCCAACUUGAACAGCCUAAAAAAUCUGAGGAUUCUGUCUUUGGGAAGAAAUAACAUAAAGAACUUGAACGGAUUGGAGGCAGUUGCAGAGACUUUAGAGGAGCUGUGGAUCUCAUACAACUUCAUUGAGAAACUGAGGGGUAUUCGUGUAAUGAAGAAGCUGAAGGUUCUUUAUAUGUCAAAUAAUUUGGUGAAAGACUGGGCAGAGUUUGUGAGGCUGGCAGAGCUGCCAUUACUAGAGGAUCUGGUGUUUGUAGGCAAUCCUCUGCAAGAGAAAUAUGCCUCUGAUCAGAACAAUUGGAUUGAAGAAGCAACCAAACGGGUACCCAAACUGAAAAAGCUGGACGGUAUUUUAGUUAUUAAACAAGAAGAUGAAGAUGAAGAAGGAGCAAACUGAUGACACUUUCUUGUUGGGUAUUUAACUAACUCCAACAGCUCAGCACAUAGAACUUUUAUACAAAAUGUUUGUUUGGAAGAAAAUCUUUGGGCAGUAUUUAGAAGACCAGCUUAUCCCCACAGUCUCUCACCCAAAGAAUUAGCUACCAAAAUUUGGGCACACCAGUUUUGUCAAGCUGAUGACACCUGCAGAGACCAGUGGAGCCAAGUUUACCUACUGUUUGGCUAGCAAGAGAUCUUUACCAAAAUUAAUAUGUAACUGUUUUUAACUCCUGUUUAGUGGUGCUUGUUGUUAACACUUGGGUUAUAAUAGAACCGUUUUAGCUUGUUAAGUUCAGCUGGCCAACAGUUAUAAUUGGAACACUGAGGCCAAAAGAACAAUGUUGUGGUUUGAAGAUACAUUGGAAGCUUUGUUGUGUUUGGUUUUGCCAUGGAAAUCCUUCACUACUUUAAAUAUGCAGUUUGCCUUUUCAUCCCCUUAA